AUGUCCUUAAGGAACGUUUAUGGAAGAUCUUCUAGGCGUCAUGGAAGUGCUAGACUACAAUCAGCGGUUGAGUUUUCACCAACAAAGAAGAAUAACCUGGGAUCCCAAACAGGUUCACCUUCACCAUCUGAUAGUUUGGAAAGUGAAAAUAUUCCAUUAACAUCUCCAUUGGGAUCUCCAAAAGUGCUGAAAAGUAAUGGGAAAUUAGCUAAAGAGGAUGAAGAUUUUGAUUAUGGUGUAUUUGAUUUACAAGAAGAUGAUUACUCUGUCCCACCACCAAAGAAAAUUAAUAAAGCAAGAACUAAACCUAUAAAGUCGCUGAAGAAACAUGGAGGAAUUGAGAGAAAUUCAAGACCCAAUAGCCAGAGAGAGGAAACUCCUGGAUCACAACUGAGUAAUUUCUUUGUUGAAUCAUCUGUGAAACCUUCAUGGUCACCAUCUAGAUCAGUUACAAGUUCCCCUGUUGCAAAAGAUAAAUCUUCUAAAAGGGGGAAUUCAAUGGUUAAAACUGAGCUUACUUACAUUAAGAGAGAAUUAAAGAGCCCCAAAAAACCAGUCAAAGUGGCUGCUCCUGUUCCUACUGGUGAAACAAACGCAAAUGAUACAUGGGAUUUUCUUUCAGAAUUAGGUGAAGAUGAAGGACCAAAGAAGAAAACUAUGAAAUUAGAUCUUGAAGGCCGUGAACAGUCAGAAUCACUCGAAUCAAAAUCAAGUGAAUAUUCUUUACCUGAAAAUAAUAAUAGAAUACUUGAAUCUUUGAGUUUUGAACAACAAGAAACACAACGUGAUACACAAGAAGACAAUGAACAAAUCUUACCUGCUUUAGAUACCCAAAAUUCAACAUCAUCUAGUCAAAGUACCAAUUCAAUGAAAUUACACAAGUCCAUUAGAGGUUAUGGCUUACAAAGAAGUUUCCUAUUGGAUAGCCAAAAUGGACAUAAAGAUGAUGAUUUAGAUGAAGAACAAGAUAUUACAAUUACGUCUGAGUUUGAUCCUGACAAAUCACAAGGUCUACAUUCUGUCAAUAAUUUACGAGCACAAGGUGAAAAUGCACAAUAUAUAGAUGAAUUGAAUUUCAUUAUGGAAGGGAUAGACUCAAAAACCUCAACAUCUUCAUUAAUUGAGCUUGCUAUACGGCUUUUUGAUAAUUCUUUUGCACAGUUUGUUAAAAAUCACGGUUUAAAUAAUUUACAUGAUUUUAUAGAUCUUGAUAACCAACUACAACUACUUAUAUUUGGUUUCAUAGUUUGCAAAAUAACGGAAGAUGGUAAUGGUAAAGUUCAAUUUGAUUCAAAACUUGUGAAAGUUGUAAAUAAACUCUUGGAGAAUCCAUCAAAUAUAGAUUUGAGGAGGGAAACUCGAAUUACAAGAUCUGCAUUUGAAGACUUGAAAACUCGUUGGACUAAUGAUUACAGCUCAAGAUUCUUUGCAUUAACAUUACUUAUACAAAACAAUUUAUUUAUUAACGAUGAAUUACUCCCCAAUAUUAUCAAUACAUUCCAAGAUCUCUCAAAUGAUUCAUCAAAAAAUUACAAAAUGAUAAACAUGACAUUAAUAUUACUAGAAAGAUAUUUAAGCUUACAAGAUGAAGUUGAUGAAAUAUUCAGUGAUCUUAUUGAUAAUCUUUUUUAUCUAAACGAUCACAAUAACCAUUGUAAAGUUCCAUCAUUGAAACUUUUGAUUGUUUUAUCUGCAAAAAAUUUCCAACCAGUUUUCAAGAAAGACUUAGUUAAUAAAUCAAUUUCAAGUUGUGCUGAAAAUCAUAAUACACCAGUUGGAUUAUUAGAAUUAGGUUUAUUAAUAAAUCUAGCUGAAGAGGAAGUAUGUGCAUUAAAAUUGAUUGAUAGAUGGAACAUUAAAAAGUUAUAUAAACUAUACAAUCAAGUGGAAGAUGAACACAAACAUUACUAUUCUUUAUUAGUUGGUAUUUUAAUCACAAAAUUCCCAAUUCAAAUGAAGAAAGUAUUUGAUGAAGAUGAAAUAAUUGAUCUUAAACAUCAAUUAGAAGCAUUUUUGGACAAAGGCAAUAAACUUAUCAACUUACAGGUUCAAGAGAUUCUUUCUAAGCUGAAUGAAAUAUGA